CUUGACAGAGAAGCUUGUUGAAUGUGGGAUUUUGUUUUUGACAAGCUUAACUCAUAUCAAUAUAAUAUUCCAGUAAUAAAGCCACAAGUAUUAGAGAGCAGCUUUGUAUGAACAUUGGACAAGAGGUUUACGGACGUCCCCGCGAUGUGGGUGUGCUAUCAAGAAGUUUUCCACUAGUUCCCACUUAUUAAAGGAGAGCUGUUGUACUGUUGGAUCAGAAAGCCAAAUCUUUAAAUCAACGUCAUCUUACGAAUUUGGAUGUAGUUUUCCCUUUUGGUUGACAUUUGUACUCUGGUGUGGAGUUUGGAAGAAGAAAGCUAGAAGUAUGGCUUGCUCAGAGGACGCCGAGGCUCAGUUCGCAGAAAUAGAACUACUAUUAAGUAUGUUUCCAAGUGAAGAAGAGUUUCAAGUGGACAAACUCUCUCACGCAGAGCUCGGCGCUUUCGUUGAGGGCUCAGCUUACACCCCUCCAAGCACAAGACCCCAAUUUUCUGUUAUGUUAAAGGUGGAGAACCCUGAAGUGAACAUUACAUUGUCCUGCACUUACCCAACUGAUUACCCACGAGUGUUGCCAGAAAUUACUGUCAGAUGUCAUGAGCUCACUAGAGCGCAGCAAACACAGCUUCACUGUGAUCUCAGCGCUUACCUGUCUGAAAACUGCUGUGGGGAUGUUUGUGUUCUGUCUGCUGUACAGUGGAUAAAAGACAAUGCACAAAAAUACGUCACUAGAGGUAUCCCUCUGAGUGAGUCCAAGAAAGAAAGUGUCUUGACACUGUCAAAAGAGUCCUUUUCCAGACUCUGGAUCUACAGUCAUCACAUUUACAACAAGACCAAGAGGAAGAACAUUUUGGAAUGGUCAAAGGAACUAAACCUCUCUGGGUUCAGUAUGCCUGGAAAGCCUGGAAUUGUGUGUGUGGAAGGCCUGCAGUCUGCCUGCGAAGAGUUUUGGUCCAGGUUGAAAGUGUUAACAUGGAAAAGAAUUAUGAUUCGUCACAGAGAAGAUUUCCCUCUGGAUGACACUUGGACAGAGGACAGAAUCGACUCCUUCCGCAAGUUUACUAGCUUUAAUGAAGCGAUUUUUGACCCUCAUGGAAACAGAGGAAAUCACAUGGACCUUGGACAGCUUUUUCAGUUUCUCAAUGACAAAGGGUGUGCUGAUAUCUUUCAAAUGUAUUUUGGGAUCGAAGGAAGAUAACAGUUUAUGUAUGUGCGUGGACAUUCUGAAAGGACGUGCAGUAAAUUAAAAGGUUUCUCAUGACUUUCUAGAAUAUGGGGAACAUUAUUGUAGCCUUCAUUUUUGGGCUCAACAAUUAAUGUUUAAUUACCUUUAUAAAAAUGUUUAGCCUAUAAAUUACACAAAUUAUAAUGGGAGAAAUAAUUGUGUGUUUAGUCAAGAAUCAUUCUAAUACCAUCAUUUUUAGUCAACAAAAUAUGAGUCUGACUUGCGUACAUGUUCUAACUUCAGGACUACAUUUCUCACAUAGUGCCAUUUCAUGGUAACUAUUUUAAUGCUUCUUUAAACUAAGGAUUGAUUAAAUGAAUGCUGACAUCUAACAAUACUAUGCAAAUAAUCCCGGCCCUGAAUAUUGAAUGACAGCAUGCUGUUGCAAGUGAUAAAAUACUUUUAUAUGUGAGCCAACAAAACAAGUGACUUACUUUUCAAACCAAAGGUUGUUUGCUUGUUGCUUUCGUUGUUGGCUGUUUUUCUCCAGAAAGGGGAACAAAAUGGUAUGCCGCACUGACAUCCAUGCCAAUAAAGUUAUUACAUUAAUUUAUGAUUUUUGGGGGGGUUCAGGAGAACUUCAGCACUACAAUUAUUGUUUUAAUUAGAGACAAGCACACUGUAUGUUGUUCUAUUGUUCUAUAUUUAGGCAAUCAAGGUGGACUUCUCCAUUAAAAUUUUGCUUUUUUAGCCAACGAA